AAUCUUGCAUUGCAUUAUAUAUAGAGAGGUUGGUGGCUUUCCAUGCAAGAUUCACACUAUAAUGGAGAAACUGAAUUUGUAUGGGUUGAGUCAUCUCUUCAUGACUGUCUUUCUGCAUAACUUAUCGACAUUCAUGGUGGUUCCGGCGAUCACCGAUGUCACAAUGGCUGCACUUUGUCCCGGACAAGAUGAAUGCUCACUUGCAAUCUACCUCACUGGUUUUCAACAAGCGAUGAUAGGAGUGGGAACGCUUGUGAUGAUGCCAAUCUUGGGCAGUCUCUCAGACAAAUAUGGAAGAAAGGCUAUUCUCACACUUCCAAUGACCCUCAUGAUUAUUCCCUUAGGCAUAUUAGCCUACAGUAGAACCAAAACAUUCUUCUACAUUUACUACGUCUUUAAGAUCAUAAUUUUCAUGAUUUGCGAUGGAUGCAUUCCUUGCCUCGCUCUAGCUUACGUCGCAGAUAAUGUUCCACAAGGUGGACGAAGCACUGCGUUUGGAAUUCUUUCAGGAAUAGGUUCUGCUGCGUUCGUUUGUGGGACCCUUGCAGCUCGUUUUUUAACCGCCGCUCAAACUUUUCAGGUUUCUACUUUUGUUGCGGCACUUGGAGCAGUUUACAUGCAAAUUUUCCUUCGGGAUUCAGUCAUCGAUCAAAGUGACCUUUAUGCCCCAAUCAUUUCACAUGAAAAACCCUCGAUUUGUAAAAUCAAUGGAAAAUCCAAAGCCAAUGUUCCGUUGAUGAAAGCACUGCGUUCUUUGCAGGAUAUAACCUCAUUUCUCAAUAGUAGCAAGACUAUCUCCCAAGCAGCAAUUGUUGCAUUCUUCAGCAACCUUGCAGAUGUUGGACUUCAUGGUUCAAUGAUGUUUUACUUGAAGGCUCGGUUUCAUUUUGAUAAGAAUCACUUUGCUGACUUAAUGAUCAUUUCCGGUAUUGCAGGGACUGUGUCACAGCUUUUUCUUAUGCCUAUUUUUGCUCCUUCAUUGGGUGAGGCAAGGCUUCUUUCAAUUGGACUGUUUUUUCACUGUGUACAUAUGUUCAUUUACAGCAUAGCAUGGUCCGCCUGGGUUCCCUAUGCAGCUGCAAUGUUCUCAAUAUUGUUUGUUUUUUCACAACCGUGUAUACGAAGUAUUGUGUCGAAACAAGUUGAUCCCCAUGAGCAGGGAAGGGCUCAAGGUUGCAUCUCAGGCAUAUGUUCAAUUGCACAUAUUGUUUCUCCAUUGGCUUUCUCUCCAUUAACAGCUCUCUUUCUAUCUGAGAGGGCGCCUUUUGAUUUUCCCGGCUUCAGUAUAAUGUGUAUUGGAAUUGCUUCGAUGAUAUCUUUUGUUCAGAGUAUGAUGCUUAGAGUGAUCAAAAGACAUGGAUACAUUUUGAUAUUUGCUGCCAUUCAUAUUGUGCUGUUUCUUAACAAUUUGGAAACAGCUAUCAGAUUUUCACUGGAUCCUCUUUCAUUCUCAGGGGAGGACCGGAGAAACCAUAUCGUGUUAAAUCAAUACACCCUAUUAUUCGCUCUAGCUUACGUCGCAGAUAAUGUUCCACAAGGUGGACGAAGCACUGCGUUUGGAAUUCUUUCAGGAAUAGGUUCUGCUGCGUUCGUUUGUGGGACCCUUGCAGCUCGUUUUUUAACCGCCGCUCAAACUUUUCAGGUUUCUACUUUUGUUGCGGCACUUGGAGCAGUUUACAUGCAAAUUUUCCUUCGGGAUUCAGUCAUCGAUCAAAGUGACCUUUAUGCCCCAAUCAUUUCACAUGAAAAACCCUCGAUUUGUAAAAUCAAUGGAAAAUCCAAAGCCAAUGUUCCGUUGAUGAAAGCACUGCGUUCUUUGCAGGAUAUAACCUCAUUUCUCAAUAGUAGCAAGACUAUCUCCCAAGCAGCAAUUGUUGCAUUCUUCAGCAACCUUGCAGAUGUUGGACUUCAUGGUUCAAUGAUGUUUUACUUGAAGGCUCGGUUUCAUUUUGAUAAGAAUCACUUUGCUGACUUAAUGAUCAUUUCCGGUAUUGCAGGGACUGUGUCACAGCUUUUUCUUAUGCCUAUUUUUGCUCCUUCAUUGGGUGAGGCAAGGCUUCUUUCAAUUGGACUGUUUUUUCACUGUGUACAUAUGUUCAUUUACAGCAUAGCAUGGUCCGCCUGGGUUCCCUAUGCAGCUGCAAUGUUCUCAAUAUUGUUUGUUUUUUCACAACCGUGUAUACGAAGUAUUGUGUCGAAACAAGUUGAUCCCCAUGAGCAGGGAAGGGCUCAAGGUUGCAUCUCAGGCAUAUGUUCAAUUGCACAUAUUGUUUCUCCAUUGGCUUUCUCUCCAUUAACAGCUCUCUUUCUAUCUGAGAGGGCGCCUUUUGAUUUUCCCGGCUUCAGUAUAAUGUGUAUUGGAAUUGCUUCGAUGAUAUCUUUUGUUCAGAGUAUGAUGCUUAGAGUGGUUCCUCCCAUUUUGAGUUAGAUGGACAUAAUCAACCGGCCGCUAAUUUAAAACGAAGUGGAAUACUUAUUUAUCUAUAGGAGCUUUGUCUUCAGCUGUGGUUUUGACAAAGAAGCAAAAUAUUGAAUAAGCAUAUAAAGCAAGAUGUUGAAUAAGCAGAUUCCUUGAAGUAGAUAUUUGAUUAGCUUUUCGAAUUUCAUACUAGUAGAUAUCAUGUUUGUUUGUACUUUAUAGUCUGUAUUGGUUUUCAGAUCAAAAGACAUGGAUACAUUUUGAUAUUUGCUGCCAUUCAUAUUGUGCUGUUUCUUAACAAUUUGGAAACAGCUAUCAGGUGUGAAUGUGCAGAGUAUAUGUAUACAAACAUUCACGGUGAGUUUGGCAAAAUUAUGAUAAGUCUGUGUGAUACAAAA